UAGCUCAGUCAGUUGUCCAUCAUGAAUCAGGAGAAAUAUCCUCGCUCUUCUAUUGAAGAUGAUUUUAAUUAUGGCACCAAUGUGGCCACGGCGAGUGUGCACAUCCGUAUGGAUUUCCUACGCAAAGUGUACACAAUCCUGUCCAUUCAGAUCUUCCUAACCACAGCUGUGUCUGCCAUCUUCAUGUUCUGUGAGCCCAUCAAAAACUUUCUACAUUCAAGCCCUACACUGGUCUUGCUAUCAGCAAUUGGAUCCCUGGGUAUGAUUUUUGCCCUGGUUAUUUAUCGACACCAGCACCCUAUCAACCUUUAUCUCCUUCUUGGAUUUACCCUGUUGGAGGCUGUGUCUGUUGGUACAGCUGUCACUUUUUAUGAGUACUCCAUAGUCCUCCAGGCCUUCAUCCUCACCUCAGCAGUAUUUGCUGGUCUGACUGCCUACACCUUCCAGUCUAAACGGGACUUCAGCAAGCUCGGAGCUGGGCUGUUUGCUGGCUUGUGGAUCCUGAUUAUUGCGAGCUUCAUGAGGCUGUUCUUCCAGAAUGACACAAUGGAAUUGGUGUUUGCCGGUGCUGGUGCGCUGCUAUUCUGCGGUUUCAUCAUCUACGAUACGCAUGUGUUAAUGCAUAAGCUGUCACCCGAGGAGCAUGUGCUGGCCUCCAUCAACCUGUACCUGGAUAUAGUCAACCUGUUUCUACACAUCCUGCGCAUCCUUAACUCCAUGAAGAAGAACUAAGAGUCUAAGAGAGCAUGCUUCUACCUGCUUGGGCUUCUGCAUUUAUACAGGUGAAUGUACAAAUUACAAAGUCAAUAUGAAUUCAAUUAAAAUGUAAACAUUGAUGCUGGAGGCUGUCUGUAAUUAUGCUUAGAUGCUAAAGAGAGCAUUACAUUUUAAAACUAGCAUUAAAAUGCUAGAAUCAUUCAAAUUUAAAACACUGGUCACAGUUCUACAUGUGAAAAAUUUACAAACACAUUAAUAUAAUCUGAGGAUGUCAUAAUAUUGUUAUUAGAUCGUUAUUUCAGAUUCACAAAUUAGACAAAUUUUUACAUUUGGAUUUUGACCCAAUGCCACAAAUUGUUUGAUUUGUAUACUGACGUUGAACCCUGUCUACGGCUACAUUAUUGCAAUUGCACAAAGAUAAAAACAAUUAUAAUACUUUGACCUCUUCUUAAAACAUGAUUACUAAUUGUGUGAAGUCUUUUAAUAUUGACAUUGAUUUGUUGUACUGUAUAUAUUUGUAGAUGGUGUGCGUUUUUAUUUUCAUUUUUUAAACAUAAUGUUGGCGAUCUAAAACAAUGACUGCGUCUGAAAUCACAUACUUCCAUACUGAACAGUACGCGAAAGCAGUAUGCGAGAGCGGGUAGUGUGUCCAAAUCUGUAGUAUACAUUAAACAGUAAGCAAAAGCACUAUGCGAGAGCAGGUAGUGUGUCCGAAUAUGUAGUAUACAUUAAACAGUAGGGCUGUCGCGCUAACCGCAAUUUUGAAAUAUCGCGGUUAGGGUUGGGCGAUAUUGCCGAUUUUCAUACAGUCAUACCGUCUUCAGAAAAUACCGCGGUAUACGGUAUUACACAUUACACAACAGGUGAGACGUUCUUUUUUCUUAAUAUAGCGCUUUUAUUUAGGAAAAAAUAGUUCUUACAUAGGCAGGAAAAUCUAUGGCAGACAAGAGUCAGAACAGCGGAUUGGGCGUAACGUUAUUAUUACUGUUUGCUCCUUUUUCUCAACACUUGUGCUCGAUUUACACUGAAGAUAUAUUUAGUAAAUAAGUACAUGUCCGCGCAUGCACGCGCUUGUGUUCAUUUCCGGUUGAACUGAUAAAAAAUUUUGAUUUUGAAAAAUUAAAAGAGCCGUUUUUCAGUUUCUGCUUGUUAGCGCACAGCUAACGCUAGCCAGUGUGGCUCUUCACUCGUCUCUCUGUGUUAUCACCAGUGAGACACAGCCAAUCAGCGAGCUCCAACCGCCUACCCCUCCCACCCCUCCCUUACUGUGGAUGCGCGCAUGUCCUAAAGUCUCAGUUUUCAAGGUAAACCUGAAGCAGAAAUUCGGCGCUUCACAUUUAAAAAAUACCGUCACCAUUUUUGAAUACCGCGGUAUACGGUAAUAUCGUCAUACCGCCCAACCCUAAUCGCGGUAUAGACCAGCCAACCGCAGGGCAUGCCAAGCAACCGCAACACAGCGGUGUUCACGUUUUUUCUUUCUUCUCUCUUUUUUUUUUUUUUUUUAAUUGUUGCAGGGUCCAUCUUGUUUUAUACGCUUACAAUAGGGCGUAAUAAAUGUUAAAUAAAUUCAUAAUGAAAAUGAGCUAGGAGCGACAUUUUCCCGCAACCUGUUCGCAUCCGUUGCUGCUGAGUGUCAGGCUUUGUGUUUUAAAAUGUAAACAAUCGCAACAGUAAUUAUAGGCAAGUUUAUUAAUGAUCAAAUCGAGUUCACACUCAAUAAAUACUUGUAAUUUAGACUAUAUUCAAACAGCCUUGGCGAACUAAAACACUUAAUGACGGUUAAUAUGGCAUUGCAGCCUGCAGAUAUUCUCUUGCUGGCUGAAUAAUAACUUGAAAUGUAGUAUAUAUUGUUAUGUUAAUUAUACCUACUAAAUAGAUGGUUAAUAGUGGCGCGAUAACCGGGCUAGAUUUCCUCUGCUCUCUAAAGUCGCAUGCAGGUACAGUACACGUGUAUUAGUGUAACGAGCACCAUCAGAGAGAGUUUUAGUACCGAGGGGAACAUCACUACCCCACUCAGAUCCUCUCUAAACAACAUCAGGUGAACAUGUUGGUUUUUCUAGCGCGCAUGAUAACGCAGGUUUAAACUCUUACAGACUUUAUUCAGUUUUUUUUUUUACCAUAUUUUGAUUAGAUGUGCAUUUAAAAUAUUUAGCCUAAACGCUUUUUUUUCGUUUCACAGUGUAUAUCUAGCCUAGGCUAGAAGCUUAAUUUAAACCUUUUUUAAUAGAGAAAAGACACGCAUCCCUGCUCUGUUCUGUAUUUAACAAUAAACACGCAUUUCAUUGGUCUUAAAGCUGUCUCAUCUUUGUCAUUAUAAAGCAAUAAUAUACCGAAUCAUAGCCUAACAAUAAAGCUUGUUUAUAUAGCUCUAAAAUCCAGAUAAAUUAAGUAAUUUUCAAAAACAAAAACAAAAAUGGCGAUAUUAUCGCAUACCGCGAUAUUGAGACAGGCUAAAUAUCGCAAGGGGAAAUUCUUUCACCGCGACAGCCCUAUUAAACAGUACGCGAAAGCAGUAUGCGAGAGCAGGUAGUGUGUCCGAAUACGUAGUGUACAUUAAACAGUACGCGAAAAGUAUUCGGAUUACCUACUGCCUGGGCAGCCAUUUUUGAGUAUGCAAACAAUGCACACUUACCGUCCAAUAAUCUAUCCCAUAAUUCACCUGGAGCUGCAAAGACGUUCAUGUCGAAGAAGAAAGAUGUCGGAAAGCGGAGUAAGACAAACAUUAAAAAUAUUAUGAUUUUGACUUUGUGGAGAACGACAGAAUUAAUUUUGUUCGAUUUUAAAAUUGUUAUAACUUUGGCGACGUGGCGUCAUGUGACGUUGGUAAGAUGGCGGACGUAGUGUGUACGAGGUUGCGUGCAUACUGCACACUUGCGUACUGAAAGAGCUUACUGCCUCGAAUCUAGUACGUACUGUUUAAGUAUAUGAUUUUGGACACAGCCAAUAUUUUAUUGCUAACUCUGAUUUCCAAUGGGAUUCAGUUGACAUUGUGAUUUUAGGUGUAUUUAUAUCCAGCAUGCUUAUGAUAAAUGUGGACUGGAAGUAAACAAAUGCUAACUGGAAAGUUUUACCUGCUGUGUUACAGAGACAGUUCACAGCCCAUUGUACAUUAUAGAAAGAUGUAAGUUCUUACUAUAAAUAAUGACAAUAACACUUUAUGACAUGAAUCUAUAACAUUUUAUUUGUAGUGGUAUGAUAGGCAACAAAUUAUUUCAGAGGAGCUGUGGCUUGGGAAUUGCUGUGCUUAUUAUUACACAGUUACCCAACAUGUAGCUUUAAUUACAAAUAGUGUUAAUUAUUUAAAAACUUUCCUUUUUCCUGUUUUCCUUAUUUCCUUAUUUAAUUCCAGCCACCCAAAACUAAUAUGAUUCUCCCACAGGCUGUGCAGUUUUAGAGUGAUACAGUUAAAGUAAUUUUUUUUUAAUAAUGAUAAGGGGACUGUGCAGUCUAACAAAAUGUAUCUAAGGGAAUACUCUAUUUGCGAAAUUGCAGCUUGAUACAGAAACUGUAGGAGUAUGCUGGGUCGUCCAGUGCUUACUUGGAAAUGGAAACUUCAAUGGGGACCCUUAGAUUUAUAGGUGCACUCAUGUGUACCACAUUAUGUGCAUUCAGAUUUUUUGAUGAUUCUAUGUAAAUGUCAUUCAGAUGUACUCAAGUUGGAUUUAGAUGUAAUUUUUUUGUUUCUUAACAGGACCGUAUGUGCAAUCUUUAUUGUAAUGGGGAAAUGAAGCUCAGUCGUAAAACAUUACUGUAAUAAUAUUACUGCAUUGUUGUAAAUGGUGAAUUUAAUUAUACAUGUAUAAUUUAAUGUAUAAUUGUUUAAAAUAUAUUAAAAGGUUAAACUGUUGUGUUAAAA